GAUGUAAACAUAUUCGCCAUGUUUUGCUCUUGAGAACUUUAAGAUCACAAAAAUGGCCUCUAAACUGGGUCGAAGUAACCCGGUACAAUCUGUCUUGUCACUUGCAGAAGUCGUAGAAAUAAUUCUGUCCUUUUUACCGGCAAGAGCAUUGUUCUCCUGUAUGCAAGUGUGUCGCCUAUGGCGAGACACAGCCCGACGAGUUAUUCGCUCCAGACAAAAAUUGGGAUGGCUUAGCUUUGCGACUCAUCAUGAAUUACAAAGCACGCCUUGUACGUCUAAGGUAAGAAAAAUUUGUUUUAUUGUACAUAAAUUGUGAAAUUAUUUUCUUAGCGUGUGCAAAAACAGCAAGGGAAUUAUGAUUACAAGAUGUUUGUUGAAGUCCAGGAACUAGCCAAUUGCAGCAGCAUUACCGGAAAGCAUCACUUGUCUUUUUCUAACAUUUUCAAUUAAGUUGAUGACAAUUAUACUCCCGUGAUUUUUACAUGCUGCUUCGUUAUCUAAAACGCGUAUUAAAAUUACCUUAACAAUAGCUAAGAUUGCACAUAAUUGCUGGACGCAAAAACAAACAUCUAAUAUAUAUGAGGAAGUUCCACUCGACUCCUCCGAAAAGAUGUAAAAUCGAAACUGCGAAAAGCACGGUUCUUUACGUACUUCUAAUGGUGGUGUUUUUCGUCCUAUUUUUUCGAAGUGCUUGAAUGAUUACUUCUUUCUGUACAUUUUCAUGUUUUGCAACUGUGAACGGUUCAACAUCUAUUAUUUAAAGAUCGGUUUGUAAAGUAUUUUAAAUACGAAUCUUCUUCGCCGAAGGAUGUAGAAAUAAAGUUCUUCCAUCUUUUUCAAGCAGCACAGCUGGACAAUUCCCCCCGCCCUGUAAAUGCAUUCAUGUCUUUUCAUGGGUAGGGUAACUUCCUUCUCUAAGUGACGAGAAUGCUUGUUGAAAAGUUCAAAAAAUACUGAAAGGAACUCGUAGUGGAGUCAGGGGUAUCCUCAAAUGGCAGGAACAUUUUUGAAUGUUUAGGCAGUGGAUUAGUGUAGGCAGUAAAAAAGUUUCUCAUAAUUCUUCUAUAAUAUUCAGUUUGGGUUAAAGCUGCUAUACUAAAUAAAUGAAUAAACAAAAAAUCCAAAGAUGAUGCAGUAGGAAGGGAUUUUUUUGAUGGAAGACAACAUUUAAGCAAUAUUGAUUUGGUUAUGCUGGGGGUCAGUUAUUCCUUUCACCGUUUAGGCCAUACCUCAUUUUUUUUUUCGUUUCCUGAUUUUGGGUCGGUUGGUCGGAUUGAAAAAAGAAAAGGAAAAAAAAAUCACAAGAAGUCUCGAAAUUGGAGGGCCACGUUCCCAAGGAUGAAACUAAAAGUUAACAUUUACAUAUGUGGAUUAACAAAAUGCACAAUAUACUGAAAAAAUGUUCCUGUUUUUGGUCCUGUUUUUCUCUAUGCUGUCACUAUGCUCAUUUUUCAGAUGAAAAGAAUUAUUUCAAGUAAAAAAUGGUUUAACUACGUUGUUACUUUUUGGAAAUGGCAAAAAUCUGGGUCGGUCGAAAAAAAAGAGGAUGGCCUUACAUGUCGUCUACCUCAAAUUUUAAGACCUAGCCUGCAGGCAUUUUUUUUUUUAAAAUGAAAGCACGGCCUAUAGCUACAUUGAUCGCAGCCGCCAUCACAAAAGCAACUGGAAAACUAAGGUAGGAGGGUCAGGCAAGGAAGAGGGGUGGGGAGGAAAAGGGAAAAACACCUGCCGGCAGAGCCUAUGAAAUUGCCAAACGCCCCCUAAUUAGUUGUGACUGACUGCAUUUUCAGAAAUGCAUGAAUUCGCAGCCGGUGAAAAUUGAGUUCAUUUAUUUUUGCGGAAGCCAGAAAUUUACUCCAACAAUAAUGAAAAUAAAGUGUAAAGACAGGCCAAAAACGACCCAUAAGCUCGUGAUAGCCAGUGUGAAACGUGACCUUAGAGUUAGCUUGAGAGAAUUAGAGGUUUUCCUUUUUUUAGUGGGGAGAUUGAGAUUAUUGUGUGAUAUAGCUAAGCACCAAAAGCCUUCGCACAGGCUUAAAUGGGUAAGUAGGAAAAUGAAAUAGAUGAAAGAUGAAAUGGUGGCAAACAAACAACAUAAAGAUGGGUUAAAUUCAGACAGGGACAUAUGGACCCCCCUCCUCCCCGCCCCCCCCCCCACCCCCCGCCUCCGCCGGGCAGCACCGCUAUUUUCCCAGAGGCCCAUCGCUAUUACGCGGUGUGGGCAGGCGCCACAACCCUGUGAGUGACUCUGCGUGUAGCACUCCAUGCUCAGCGUGGCGACGUAGUACUAGACGAGCUGAGAAUAAUGUGUGAUAAAAGUAAGCACCAAAAGCCCUCGGAAAGGCUUAAAGAGGGAAGGAAGAAAAAGAAAUAAAUGAAAAAUGAAAUGGUGGCAAACAAACUACAUAAAGGUGGGUUAAAUUCAGACAGGGACAUAUGGGCCCCCCCCCCACCCCUUCGAGCAAGAGGGCCUGAAAGUAAUGGUUUAGGUUAGUAGCUCAAAGUCCGCUGUAGACAGUCAUCUCAUGCCAGCUCAAGUUCCUUAGCCACUUUUUUGCAUGGAGAAGGAUGAGCCUGCUAGCAUCAAGGCUUUGCAUGAGCCCAAGUCCAGAAAUAUAAUAGAUCAACCCGAAUAAGCAUUUCUCAGAGGAUGACAUUGUGCACACUGCCCAAGACCAAGCCAGUGAGAGACAACUUACAGUCAACUGCUCCCUGGUGAACUGAUGAUGAUGAUGAUUAGCUCAAAGUAGUCUUCAGCUGACUAACAAACUUCAGGCCAAGAGUGUGCUCAUUUUAUUCCCCUUCCACAACAAUGUUCUGUUUUACAGAUAUUAAAAGUGCAGAACUGGAAGCAAAGAUUUGAGGUCUUACCAGGGAAUUGAAUGUGGGACCUCUCCAGGGAUUUUGUUACAAAUAGUUAUGGUGUGUCCUGGGACUCAUCUUGUGAAAAACCAUGAGUCCCAGUUAAAAAAAUUAAGUCUGAAAUUGAAAAUGCUGCGGCUUUUAUGUAACCAUACACUUAAUCUGAAGACAGACUCCAAAACUCUGUAUUACAGUAUACUGAUAUUAAAAUAUAGUCCUUCUAUUUUAAAGCACAACGAAGGUGAAAAGAAAUAUGCAUCGCUAAGCAACAGCCAUAACAACUGCCACAGAAAUUAUACGAACCAGAUAUUAUUAGUACACAUGUUCAGAUCGAUCAACUGAUCUUUGCAUCCUGCGGGACGCAUGCCAUGAAUUAUCUUGCGUCUUUGGGGACUACUAUGCGUCAGGGACGCAGGAGGCAGAGGUAACAAAAUCGCUGCCUCUCACACAAAAGGCCCUUCUCUAACCAAUACAGGUUUGUCCUGAACAGGGUUUUAAGUUGAGAGGUAGAAAACAACAGAGUGCAUAUUGUCUCUGUUGUCUUUAACAGAGCUAUAAAACAGAGGUUUCUGUCCUAUGCAGGGUUAAAGUUGUAAGUUUCUUUUUGGUCCUAUGCAGCAACAGGGUUUCAAACCCUUAUUUAGCACCCCCAUCCUUAUAGUUGUGUCAGUACAACCCCUCAUUCCCUAUUCCUCUGUGGUAUGUACACUAAACAAGGAAUGUAAAUUAGGUAACUUGUUUCAACGUAAAUUAUCUCCUUUUUAGCUCUCUAUGGAAAUACUGUGCCACCAGGUCAUUGAAUUUUUGGAUGAGCUUCCCUCAAUUCCAGCUGCGUGCAUUGUUUUGGUGAGUAGGAGCACAGAAUAUUCCGAUGGCAGAAAAGAUGAAAUAAAAAACCUCUUAACUCAAGUGAAGUGCCGCAUACCUAAAUCAUGUGCGCUAAUUGGCUGUGUGGGAGCUGGCAUUAUUGGAACAGCAGAAGGAGGAAUCUCAGAGGAAGUAGAAAUGGCUGAGGGUGUGGCUUUGAUGCUGAUGCCACGAGUAGAGGGUACAUCAGCACAUGUUAUUAACUUGGGACUAACAGAGGUGAGGCAUAACAGAGCAACCAAAUCUCGUUGGGAGAAGUCUUUAAGAGUUCCCUUGGACGGAUCAGUGAAGUGUGCAUUUUUGCUGGCUAAGGGAGACACCUAUAAUCUUGAUGUCAUUGGAAAAGUGGCUUCAGGAAUUUGGAAGGUAAUGGGCUUUGGAUAUAUCUUAUUCCUGGAAUUACAUCCUUGAUUGUGUCAUUUGACUGAAGAAAUUUUUAUCCUGCCUUAAAGGCUAACUGAAUUUUUUUGCCCUCAAUAAAUUUCAUUGCAGUCAGUGAUGUGUGAAUGAAACCCCACAAACCAACAUUCGAAGGUUGGCUUUUUGCUAGGGUUCUAACCCAAGAACUGAUUUUAGUUAUUCAAAGUGGCUCAGAAAAUAAUUUUGCAGGGAACCAGAUACCUUUUGCAUAGCUGUCAACAUUAGGCUGUCAAUAUUCCUGUCUGAAAAAUUUUAUAGAAUUUGAAGGGUCGUCAGUUUGAUUCUUACCUGGAGCUCAUAAAAUUUUUGUGAGGUUUCUGGUGUUUGAAUUCUCCUUCUUCUUUAAUAUGGUGAUUCCUAUGGCUUAUUAUAUUUCAGGCAUGCGAUAAUGAGGGAGAGUGUAAGUCAGAUGUGGUCAUAAUUGGUGGACUUGUGGAAUCAUUUUUGAUGGUUGACAAUGAAGUGAAAAACCAUGGAGUUGUGGGACUAGCAAUAUCUGGAAAUGUUGAAGCCAUCUCCAUGGUUCAUCACGGUGAAACGGCUAGUGGGAUGCGCCAAAGUCUGAGGAAUCUGAAGACGUCUGGUAUUCCUUGUGAGAAAGAUUCAAAUACAGCUUGCUUUAUGGUGUCUUGUAUUGGUCGUGGUGAAAAGUUUUACAAUGCCAAGAAUGUGGAAACUGGGAUUUUUCAACAGGAAUUUCCUGGAAUUCCUGUUCUAGGCUUCUUUGGCAAUGGAGAACUAGGCUUGGACUUGCAUUCAUGUGAGGGAAAGCUAGAAAGGGAUGGUCAUUAUUUGCAUUCUUACUCAUCAGUGUUUUGUUUGUGCUCCUUGUUGUCACAGUCACCAUCCAGUGGCAGCACAAUUCAAUUAAAGGACCGUGCAUCUGAUUCAAAAGAGAAACCAAGUGCAAGUGAAUCUGCAAGAGCUGGCAAGUGAAAGCUGUAUACUGUUUUUGGAUGAUUAUCUGUUUUGUGGACGAGUGUUAUUCUUCACUCACUUACAUAGUGUUGGCUUUGAUGGAUGGGAAACAUUGUGUGUUAAAUUAAUUGUUAAUCAGUGCUAUCUGAAAUUAAUGAUAGGCAGUCGAUCAGGCUAAAACAUCCCACAUAUAUGAAGAAAAUUAUUUUAAACUGAAAAUCUUACAAGUAGUGACUAUCAGCAAUUGUCUAAAAGCAGCUUAGUUUUCUUACGGGUUGUUUUGGCUUGGUUGGUGGCCUUUUUAAGGCUUCAUAAAACAGUCAAACCUACUCCAUAAGCAACACCCCCUUCCCCCUGGAGGUUUGACUGUAUUACUUAAAAGAGCUCAAAUAAUUCCAGUGGGCAUUUUAGUUGAAGGUGUUUUUAGCCAAAGUAAAGUAAUUUUAAUACAGGUGCAAGCAGGGUGCAAAGAAAAUAAUUUUUACAGCUUGCCAUUCGAGCAAGCUGCUGCUAGCAUUUACUAGUCCAGAAGUCAUUUCGACUGGCCCCCAAAUUUUUUUGAUGAGCAGAAUUGAUUUCACAGUUCUUCUGUAAGAUGAAUCCCUCAAAAUACUUCACUUACCCAUCGGGCAAGGUAAGAACAGAAUUCACUAACCCAAUGGCAAAAUCCACUAUCUCCGGGCUAUCGGACACCACUUUCUUUGCACACUAUGUAAGGUUACCUUAGAACUUUAUUUAAUUACUGUACUGCUUUGAUGAAAGUAUUCUGGCCUUAAAAAAGUAAUACAGUGCUUAUAGAUUAAUCCCUUUUUUUUUGGAAAUCAAUAUAUGGAAGCAUUUGAUCUGUUUCACUCUCAUUACUGUAACUGUAAUGUAACUUUUGUUUGUUUGUUUGACUUAUUUUCUGCGAUAGUUAUGGUCUUUUAAAUGUAAGAAAUUUUCAAAAUUGUUGAUGAAAUUACCAGUAAGCUAUAUUUUUUAAUUUAAAGAUACAAAAGCAGGAACUGUGUGACCUGUGAUCAGGUGGUCCUGCUUUCCUAAAUUUGUUUUUGAGGCCAGGGAAAAAGGUUCUAUUUUUCCCUUUCCCCAUCUGCUGACUUUUGUGCUUUCUCCAUAAAAGAACACCUCUAUUGCCGGUUAGGAACUCUGCAAACUGGCAUGCAUGUAUAAAAACUCAAAAAAAAGGUAGCCCUCAGUGUGACUUUGUCUAGCCUGUGAUAUGAGCCACGACACAGAAAAGCUGAAACUGGGACUUUAACAC